AUGGCAUGGCAGCCAGAGCAAGAGCCGUUGCGACAGCUAUCAGGAUGUUUGAAGGAUUCCCUGAGUGGUCACAACAAGACGGCCCAGAAGCAGGCUGAGAUCGUGAGUGCUGCUGUCCUCGAACCGCCAAUUUACAACGGUACUUUGGAAUAUCUGCUGAUGGAGGAAUGAUCAAACAGAUGCUUUCCCAAGCAAAAAACUCUCCUGAUAUCAACAAUUACCUCACAUACCUCUUCUCCAGUUCUGAGAUACCCCCAGCUUUGGCUAGCAACCCACAAUACAACCAAGCAGAACACCAUGCAGUUCGUUCCGCCGCAGCAGUCAUGCUGAAAAACAACAUCAAAACUGGAUACAAGACAAUUCCUCCAGAAAGUCUUGCGCUGGUGCGGUCUACGGUGCCUCUAGCCUUACAGGACAAGAACUCAACAAUACGUGGUUAUGCCGGAAAUGUCAUUGCGGAAAUUGUUAGUCGUGGGGGGAUUUUGGGAUGGUCGCAAUUAUUACCAGAUCUGAUUGGGUUGAUUGAGAACCAGACUGGUAAUAUCGCACCGGAAGCUCAAGAGGGGGCAAUGUCAGCGUUGGCCAAAGUUUGUGAGGACAACCGAAAGAUUCUAGACAAGGACUAUUCAGGACAGCGGCCGUUGACGUUUAUCAUCCCAAAACUUAUACAGUUUGCCGGCAGCGAUAAGCCCAAGGUUCGAUCACUUGCACUUGGGACCAUCAAUGUUUUCAUUCCGCAUAAGCCACAAGCAUUGCUGGCAUCUCUGGACGAUCUCCUUAAUCAACUAUUUCAACUUGCAAACGACCCUGAAGCAGAUGUCCGAAGACAGGUGUGUCGGGCGUUUGUUCAAAUAGUCGAGAUUCGACCUGACAAGAUUAUGCCACAUAUUGCAGGACUUGUCGACUAUAUGCUUGCUCAACAAUCGAAGAUGGAAGAUGAAGAUCUGGCUUGUGACGCUGCCGAGUUUUGGCUUACUGUGGGAGAGCAUCACGAACUUUGGGGAUCCUUGGCACCGUAUCUGGAUAAGAUCAUUCCUGUUUUAUUGGAAAGUAUGGUCUAUAGUGAAGAAGAUAUUGCAAUGUUGGAGGGUGGGGGUAACGACGCUGAUGAAGAAGAUCGCAUCCAAGACAUCAAGCCUCAAUUUGCCUCUGGGAAAAACAUUCGAGCUGGAGGCAAUGGAGAGGAAGAUGUCCAAAAUGGUGCUGGGGGUUACGGCAAGCUUCGUGACGACGAUCUGGACGAGGGAGAGAUUGAGGACGACUACGAUGACGAUUCUGAUGAUGGCAAUCCCGAGGAUCGAUGGAAUUUAAGAAAAUGCUCUGCAGCUGCGCUCGAUGUUUUCGCAGGUGACUUUCGAGCCCCUGUUUUCAACACUAUACUUCCAUACCUAUUGACGAAUCUCAAACAUGAAGAGUGGCCCUACCGCGAAGCUGCAGUACUUGCUCUGGGGGCAGUCGCGGAAGGUUGCAUGGAUGUGGUUACACCGCAUCUUCCAGAUUUAGUUCCAUAUUUGAUCACGCUACUCAACGAUCCCGAGCCUCUUGUUCGACAGAUUACGUGCUGGACCCUGGGACGAUAUUCUGCAUGGGCGGCUGGUCUCGGUACUCCGGAAUUACGUGCCCAAUUCUUUGAACCUAUGAUGGAAGGUAUUUUAAUCAAAAUGUUGGACAAUAAUAAGCGGGUUCAGGAAGCAGGUGCUUCGGCUUUCGCGCAUCUUGAAGAAAGAGCCGGUGCAAAUUUAACGCCCUACUGUGAGCCUAUUAUCCGGCAAUUUGUUCGAUGCUUCGAAAAGUACAAGGACAAGAAUAUGUUCAUACUCUACGAUUGCGUGCAAACCUUGGCCGAACACGUUGGUCAUGGUCUUGCCCAGCCUCAACUCAUAGAUAUUCUGAUGCCAGCGCUGAUCCAUCGAUGGAACAAAGUGUCAGAUCAGUCACGAGAAUUGUUCCCCUUACUCGAAUGUCUCUCCUACGUUGCCAGUGCGCUUGCAGAUUCAUUCGCGCCAUUUGCAGAACCAGUCUUUACAAGAUGUGUCAAAAUCAUCCAUCAAAACCUGGAGGACUACUUGGUUGCUGUGAGCAACCCCAUUUUGGAUGCUCCUGACAAGGAUUUUCUUGUUACAAGUCUAGACCUCUUGAGCGCUAUCAUCCAAGCCGUGGAUGAGAAGCAAGCAAAUGAUCUCAUUUCCGGCUCGCAACCUCAAGUAUUCGAUCUCUUGACUUUAUGUAUGGAGGAUCCAGAAAACGAUGUUCGUCAAUCAUCAUACGCACUCCUUGGAGAUUGCGCAAAAUACGUAUUUCCUCAACUAAAACCUUAUCUCCCUGCGUUGUUACCACUUCUCAUCAAACAACUUGACUUGGACCAAAUUAUCGAGGAGCAAAUUGAAACAGGGUUCAGUGUGGUGAACAACGCCUGCUGGUCAGCUGGCGAGAUCUCAAUCCAAUACGGUGGCGAAAUGGCCAGCUACGUUGAGAAGCUCUUGGAGCGAUAUCUUCAAAUCCUUGGCAACCCAGCAGUUCCCAAAUCCGUGACCGAAAACGCCGCCAUCGCCCUCGGACGACUUGGGCUGGGGAACAGUAAUAUCAUGGCUCCCGCCCUACCUUCGUUUGCUGAGCCAUUUUUGAAAUCGAUUAACUCGGUCGACUACACAGUGGAAAAGGCUACGGCUAUGAAGGGGUUUUGUCUGGUGGCCCUGGCGAAUCCGCAGGCUAUGGAGAAGGAUCUUGCCAAUCUUUUUAGUGUUGUUGCGAGGUAUAAGUUGGAAGAUUCGUUUUUGACCCCGUUGACGGCGGAUUUGUCGCGGAUUUUUAGACACGUAAGUACUUUUUUUUUUGUUUCUUUGGGUGGGGGGGGACGUUCGUGAGCUGGAAUUGAGGAGUUCAUGAGGGAGAUGGGAAGGACGUAAAGAAGAAAAGAAGAAUAUGGGCUAAUCAUCGCGAUACAGACCAUGGAACUGUACAAGUCCCUUAUCCCGGACUUUGAUGCAUUUCUUACUAACUCGAUCCCGGCGGGGGAUGUGGCGGCUUUGAAGACGGUUUAUGGGUUGUAAAUACAGAAAGAUCCAGCUUUGGACAACAGGUAAUGGGCCCGCGGCCAGGGGGUGGAAGGGUGCUGUUUUGGGAGCACAGACGAGAGCUGAUGGUUGCAUGAUGUUGUAUUACGAAGGGAUGAUUGAUGCCAGGCACAUUUUAUUGGGAUAUGGCAAGGGAAUGGGAUUGGCACUGGGGAGGAAAAUUCAAGUGAGGAAGCAUCAUGGUUCAUGUGGGGGAGGGAGGGUUUUUUUCCUUUUCAUAUUCACCGUAUGCCUCCUUUUUUGCACAAUAUCUUUGGCAUUUUCACGAGCGGUUCGGAUCGGUUCCUGAUUUUCUUCUUUAAUGGAAUGCAUGACUACCUACCUACCAUCCACACAUUAGAUUAGUAUUACAGACAUUUACGAGUUUUUUUUCCCGC